UAUCAAACGGAUUAUCCAAAUUCACAAAAAAAAAAAAAAAAAAAAAAACUCGAUGGACGUCUUUGAUCAUCUCCCGGAUCCUCUGGUUUCAGAAAUAUUGAACAAAGUCGAUGAUGUGAAGACUCUGGUACGGUGCCGUUCCGUGUCGAAGCGGUUCAACUCGUUCGUCCCUCAGUCCGAGUCUCUAGUCCUUCGACUCGAUCCCGAGUCCGACACCGAGUUCGACUCCCCCGUCAUUGGAUUCUUCCGGUCUCUCUUCAAGUCCCUCUUCCCCAGACACGCGAACCCAACCCGGCCCCCGAAGAAUCCAGCCCAGAUCUUAUCCGGGUUCGACCGGAUCCGGAAUCUGGAGAUGGUGUUACCCGGCGGCGACAUCAAGCUCGAGAAAGGUGCCGCCGUCAGAUGGAAAGCGGAGUUCGGGAAGACUCUCAGGAGCUGCGUCAUCGUCGCUUUCCGAUCCGUCACGGUUUCGACGGAAUAUACCGGCGAUGUAGACGGCGGAGUGACGGCGGCGGAGUCGGAUGCGGAGUUCGUGAGCGGGCUGAAGACGCGCGUGGUGUGGACGAUAAGCGCGUUGAUGGCGGCGUCGGCGCGUCACUUCCUGGUGAGGGAAGUGGCGAAGGAGCACAAGGGGAUGGAGUAUGUCGUUCUGAGAGACACCGAAGGGGAAGGGACGGUGGUGAUGGACGCGGAAGGGAUUAGAGAGUACGCAGCGGCGGCGCGUGGAGGUGACGACGGCGCAGAACGCUUGGGGGACGAGGAGAGAGGCCGUACAGUGGUGCCGAGCGUGAGGAUGAGUAUGAGGCACGCGCCGUCGCUGAGGCUGAAGAGCGGCAUAUGCCUCGAGGGCGCGACGCUGGUGGUGGUACGGCCGAGUGGGGCCUACACAGCAGAGGUCGCCGGAGAUGCUGAGCUGGCAACAUCGGCGUUCGCCGGAGACAACGGCGGAGAAAGCAUGUACGGGGAGGCAGUUGCGGCGCUGCUGAAGUGUAGAAGGAAUGUACUGGAGAUGAACUCGUUUUAGUUAAUGGGCCAAUAAUUGGGCCUGGUAGUGGGCUUUUUCUUUUCCACGUGUCACGUUUUUGGACCGGUUUGUAUAUUUUGUAAUAAUACACCGAGAGCCUGUACACUUGGCAUUUGGGGAUUGGUCAGUCACUACAA